AUGCUCCAAAAUAUAGAUGAAGCUUUCAAACCACCAGUUAUAGCAUCGCUGAAAUGGCUUGCCUGUUCAAUUGAGCCCCUAAAGAUUGGUCUGCUUGCCGAGAUCUUUGUACUGCCAUCUACGCCUAAUGAUGGAUUUGAGGAGAUUUCUCCCCUAUUUUCUCCAGUAGACGUGCUAAAGUACUUUCCUGGACUUAUAGUUGUCCAAGGAGGCAAUGCUUGGGAAACCCGCGGAGAACGCAGAAAGGAUCUCCAUUACUUGACAUCUGACCGAAUCUUUCAGGGCCCUGCAUCUAGCUUUGCAUUUACGGAGUCUGAUGCUCACAUGCAUAUCGGACGCCUGUGUCUCGCCUAUCACUUACAUAGAAGCUCAAUGACAAGGAUAUCGAACUUCAAUCAGCAUAACAAUUAUUACAAGAAGAAAUUGAUGGAAUACGCAUCCCGUAACUGGGCGGAGCAUCUCGAAAUGAUUCCUCAGGCAUCCUGGCCACCUGAAGUUUCACGAAAUGCUGUUCUCUCGCUGUCAAUCCGCAGCCAGAGCCUUGUCACUAUUGCUGGCAAUUAUUAUCCAAACAAAGUUUUGAUUUGGCGACCUCAUUGUUAUACUGCCUUACGGGGCUUCCGCCAACUCACUGAAAUCUUGAUUUCAGGUGGUGUCGGUGUUAGCAAAUAUCUCACGCAAGUGGAUUUAGAUGAGGGGCUCCCUACAUUUGACCAGGCGCGCAAUCUAGAAGUACUGCAGAUGCUUCUGAACCAUGGCGCUGACGUGCAUGCCACAGGUGGCUAUUAUGGGACGGUGCUCCAGGCAGCCUGCGCUAUACAAUACAGAGACAUAGUGCGCUUCUUGAUCAACCAUGGCGUUGCUGUGAACGCGCAGGGUGGACGAUAUGGCACGGCGCUUCAAGCAGCUUGCGCAGUCGGAGAUUCAUGGAUAGCGCAACUACUGCUUGAUAAC